GAGAAGAGUGAUCCUCCUGCAGAGAUGAUGAAUGGCCCAGGGAGAGUCAGUCCUGGAAGUGCAGCCCCAGCAGAAGGGAGAGGCUGCUCCUGGCUGAAUAUCUGGGUCUUCCUUAUUUUUGCUCUAUCAUUCAAAGCUGCCAUUGUGACCUUGUGCCUCUUGGUUCCCUUCUGCCACAGCAGUGACCAGCCCUCAGCCCUGCAGCAGCAGUUCUCAGAGUGGGAGUGCGACUCAGCGGUGCCACAAGGCACAGACCGAGGCUGGAUGUGCUGCCCAAAGGGCUGGAGAAGGUUUCAAGGAAGCUGCUAUUUCCUGUCCCCUGACACGAUGUCAUGUGCUGAGAGUGCACAGAACUGCACUGGGAUGGGCUCCCAGCUGGUGGUGAUCACCAGCAAGGCAGAGCAGGAAUUCCUCUCCGAGCAGAUAAGGCAAUCUAAAGAACCUAAACCAGACUAUUUAUACAUCGGACUGUUUGCAAAGCAGAAGGGCCAGUGGCAGUGGGUGGACAAGACUCCAUACAAUGCGACAGCAGCGUUCUGGCGAAAAGGAGAACCAAAUAAUGUCUUUAAUGAGAACUGCACUGUAAUCCACAUGCCUGAAGUGACCCUCAACAACUGGAAUGAUGUCAAACCAACUAGGAAGCAUCAUCGAAUUUGUGAAGCUGCAGCAGUAAUUGUGUGAUGGAAAUGCCCCUGACCUGAGUAAAGCUGGGAGCUCAGCAGGGAGCUGGGAACAGCUCUGGCUGUGCUGGGAAGGGUGGGGAGCUCUGACACAUCUUCACUGGGGGGGGUGGGACCAUGUGUGUGGAAGUGAAAUGAGCUUUGUCCAGCAUCCCCAGUGCAUGUGGUGGCUCAGGGAACACAGGGAGGCUCAGGCUCACUGGAGCAGCUCCUGUGUUCUUGUGUCCUCUUCUCUCUGAGUGGGUCCAGCAGCCUCUGGCUGAAAAGAGAUGGACUUCUCCAGGAGGAAGGCACAGGAAUGGAAGGCAGAUAUCCCGAGAUUCAAUGUCCUCUGUCUCCUUGAGCUCAGCUCAUUGCUAUUUGUUGAGUCACACACAAAAUGUCCUCUAGCUGUACUGGUUUUGCUGAACAAAUUCUGAAAUCUUAGACAAGAGACAAUAGAGUAUCUGAGUAAUGCAGAAAGGCCCUGUGCUCUGUGUGCUUAUCUCUCUUUCCUUUUCCAUCUCUAGGCUGCAGGGGUAUAAUCCACAAAUGAUGGAAUGGUUUGGGGUGGAAGAGACCUUUAAGGAUAGUCUAGUUUCAAGUCCCCUGGGCCAGGGGCAGG